GAUAUGGACAGUUACAGUCAGCGGUUUGAAUCCACGACUGGACGAGACAGUAAACCCCAAAAGAAGAAGGGAUCCUCCAACCACAACACAUGUUACGAUGAAGGAGACCGCAAACCAAAGUUUCACUUACCCUUUAAAAACAUCACUGAUGAUGUGCUGGACAGAUUCGCCAGUAUUCGGAUUCCCGGUAGUAAAAAGGAGCGGCCACCCUUAUCACACUCUAAACACAAUAGUAAUGAUUGGUCCAUUUCCUCAUCAUCCACCGCACAUCAGUUUGAGGAACUUUCAUCGAAGAUCACCUCAGAAAAAGAGAUCCUGGCUCUGUUUGAAAAGAUGAUGGAGGACAUGAACUUGAAUGAGGAAAAAAAGACUCCUUUGAGAGAGAAGGACCUCAACACAAAGAGAGAGAUGGUCAUCCAGUAUAUUUUUACUGCCUCAAAAACUGGUAGCCUGAGAAGCAGCCAUCAGAUAUCUCCCCAGGAAUUCCUCGGAGAGCUGAAGUCAGGGGUGAUGGACGAACGUCUGUUUGCCUGUCUAGACUCAUUGCGAGUGUCCCUCACCAGCAACCCCGUCAGUUGGGUGCAGAGCUUCGGGCAUGAGGGUCUUGGAUUGCUGUUGGACAUUUUGGAGAGGUUGCUGUUCAAGAAACAGCAAGAGAAGCUUGACAAAAAAAACCAACAUAAAGUUGUCCAGUGUCUCAAAGCCAUCAUGAACAACAAGUAUGGCUUGGAUCGAAUCCUGGGGGAAGAGAAAAGUCUUGCGUUACUGGCAAGAGCCAUUGAUCCCACCCAGUCUGCCAUGAUGACUGACGUGGUGAAGCUGCUGUCAGCCAUCUGCAUUGUGGGCGAAGAGAACACUUUGGAAAAGGUCCUUGAAGCCAUCACCACAGCGGGGGAAUGGCGAGCCAUUGAGAGGUUCAGUCCCAUUGUGCAGGGACUAAGAGAUCGCUCGGUUCAAUUACAAGUGGCAUGCAUGCAGCUCAUCAAUGCACUGGUAACAUCCCCUGAUGAGCUGGACUUCAGGCUGCACAUCAGGAAUGAAUUUAUGCGCUGUGGCCUGAAAGAGAUAUUGCCGCAACUGACAACUAUCAGGAAUGAGGCCCUUGACAUUCAGCUGAAGGUGUUUGAGGAGCACAAAGAGGAGGACAUGAUAGAGUUCUCUCACAGACUGGAAGACAUCAAGAGCGAGCUGGAUGAUGUGGGUGAUGUGUUCAGCAUUGUGCAGAGCAUGGUGAAGGACAGCAGUGCAGAGCCCUAUUUCCUCUCUAUACUGCAGCACCUGAUGCUGAUUCGCAAUGACUACUUGGUCAGGCCCCAGUAUUUUAAGAUCAUUGAGGAGUGUGUGUCUCAAAUUGUGCUGCACCGUAGUGGCACUGACCCAGACUUUAGUUACCGCAAGCGCCUGGAUGUGGACUUCAGCCAUCUUUUAGAGGUGUGUGUAGAAAAGGCUCGAACGGAGGAGUAUGAACAAAGAGCUUCAGAACUCGCACAGAAGUUUGACGAGGAGUUUUUGAGCAGACAGGAGGCACAAGCUCAGCUGGUUAAGUGUGAAGAAAACAUAGCCGAACUCCAAGCAGAGCUGCAGGCCUUCAGAUCCCAGUUUGGAGCUGUACCUGUGGGUCUGUCCUCCCCCCAUGCCGGACGAGCGUUAUCUCCCUCAGCAUUAGCGUCUGGGCCUCCACCCCCUGCUCCACCACCUGGGGUGCCAGCCCCCCCCCCUCCUCCCCCUCUUCCUCCUUUACCGGGUUGCCCUCCCCCACCCCCUCCACCUGGAGUGCCUCCUCCAUUCGGUGCCCCCCCUCCACCCCCUCUAGGGUUUGGAGGUGGUCUAGGUUCCCCCACCCACAAUGUGCUGCCUUAUGGCCUCAGGCCAAAGAAGGAAUUCAAGCCUGAGACUUCCAUGAAGCGCCUCAACUGGUCCAAGAUUCGUCCCCAGGAAAUGUCAGAGGGCUGUUUCUGGGUGCGGGCUGAUGAGAACCAAUAUGCGAAACCAGAAUUACUCUGCAGAGUUGCUCUCACUUUUGGUUCACAAAGAACAGCCAAAAAAGAAGAGGAGGAUCUGGAGGAUAAGAAAUCCAUAAAGAAGAGAAUUAAAGAGCUCAAGGUGCUCGAUCCUAAGAUCGCUCAGAAUCUAUCCAUCUUUCUGGGUUCCUUCCGUAUGCCUUAUCAGGAAAUCCGUCGGAUGAUUGUGGAGGUGGAUGAGGAGCAACUCACUGAACCUAUGAUCCAGAAUCUUGUGAAGCACCUGCCAGAGCAAGAGCAGCUGAAUGCCUUAGCCAAGUUUAAAAAUGAGUACACAAAUUUGUCAGAGCCUGAGCAGUUUGGGGUUGUGAUGAGCAGUGUGAAGCGGCUACGCCCUCGCCUCAGCCACAUCCUCUUCCGGCUGCAGUUUGAGGAGCAGGUAAACAACCUUCGUCCAGAUAUCUUGGCUGUAAACGCUGCCUGCGAUGAGGUCAGGAAGAGCCGCUCCUUUGGUCGCUUGCUGGAACUGGUGCUCCUGCUGGGGAAUUACAUGAAUGCAGGCUCUCGAAACGCCCAGUCAUAUGGCUUCGACCUCAGUUCCCUCUGCAAGUUAAAGGACACCAAGUCAGCAGACCAAAAGACCACAUUACUCCACUUCCUGGCGCAAGUAUGUGAGGAAGAAUUUCCAGACGUGCUUAAAUUUGUUGAAGACCUGGAGCAUGUGGACCGGUCUAGCAGAGUGUCUGCAGAGAAUCUGGAAAAGAGCCUCAGGCAGAUGGAGAGGCAGCUGCUGCAGCUGGAGAGAGACCUGGAGACUUUCUCUUCCCCCGAUGACCCCAACGACAUGUUCUUCACUAAAAUGGCUAGCUUCAGCAAGGUUGCACGGGAGCAGUAUGACAAGCUGGUGAUAAUGCACAGCAAUAUGGAAACGCUGUAUCACAACAUGCUGGAGUACUUUGCUGUUGAUCCGAAGAAGACUUCUGUGGAGGAGCUGUUUACCGAUCUCAGCAACUUCCGAUCCAUGUUCACUCUAGCACUGAAGGAGAACCUGAGGCUGAGGGAGUCAGAGGAGAAACAGAGGAGAGCACGGGCGGCGAAGGAGAAGGCUGAACGUGAAAAACAGGAGAGAGCGCAGAAGAAGAGGAGACUGCUGGAAGUCAAUGCAGAGAAUGAUGAGACAGGUGUGAUGGAUAGUUUGCUGGAAGCCCUACAGUCGGGAGCUGCAUUCAGAGACCGCAGGAAGAGAGCGCCAAGACCCAGAGAUAACAUGCAGCAGACGAUCAGCCCCAGCUCCUUCCGCCAGGUCCUCAGGCCUGUUAACCAUGAAAACAACAAGGCACCUUUACAAAGGUCUCGCUCUCGGCAGAAUAUAAAUUUAGGUUCAGCGGUGGUGAAAGCUCCCCCUGCCAAGGAGGCCCAUAACGAGUCUGAUGGCCAUCCAUCCGCAGCCAGGGCCAAGGCUGCUGCAUGUUCAGAUUCAGGCCGCAGGUACAGGAACACCCCGGGUCACAGCCAGUGGCAGGACAGAGAGAGGGUGGUGGAGAGAGAGACGGUUAAGCCACCUGAGAAAGAGAUGGAGGUUAAAGCUGAGCCUCCGGCCUUCCAGCCAUCCUCCACCCGAGCUGGAGUCAGCAGCUGCAGCACCAACGGAGAGUCCGAUGUUGAGGCUCUCCUGGCCAAACUCAGGGCCUUGUGAGGUUUGUUUUUACACUAUAUCUGCAAUGACAUGCAUACACAGGAGUCAGUGUGUCACACAUAUUAACACACUCAGAAUGUGACCAAAACUAUUUUGCUUCAGCUAUUUUGUAGUUGCAAGCAGGAAGCAGGCAGGAAAUGUCGUUAAUGAGACGUUAUGAAAGAUGUGUGAGGUGUAAAUAGGAGUUAAAUCACAACCAAAGAAUUAUUUUUUUUAAAGAUUCAGACAAAAUAAAUUUGUGUAAAACCACCAUAAAUUUCAGAACCGUGCUAACAGAAAUGCAGGCAUGUAGAGCACAGGUAGCUGGUCACACUUUGGCCCACAAAAUAUCCAGAGGAUAAUAUGUUUGCAAAAGAUGUAGUUCAGUACAAAAGCAUAUUAGUAACAUACAUAGCAGUUCAAAAGAGAAAAUACAAAUAGAAUCAGCAGUCUCUACCAGAUUGUUCAAAAUGCACUGCAAAAAGUGUUUGGCUAUAUUUUAUGUGCUCCUAACAAUGGAAUUAGGCUUUGGCAGCACUUAAUUUCAUUUGGGUAUACUUUGCUUAUUUGUUAGGAUCCUUAUUAGCUGUGCCCUAAAGCUUAGCUAAUCUUCCUGGGGUGGAUGUAUAUGGUUUAUAUAAGGUAUAUGACGGUAUAAGUGUGUAGCGCUGGAGAUUGAGCUCUGGUGGUGCAUGCUGCACACUACAUACAAUGAGUUUAACAGAAAGAGGAGCGCCUGUAUUUAUGACAGUAUUGGAAAAACAUUCCUUGGGGAUUUAUUCUACCUUUGUGUACUGUUAUGCUGUAAUACUGCCCAAGCCUAAUGGAACUAUAACAUAGCUUUUUUCUGAAAGUAAAAGAUGCAGCAUAGCUGAGCACUUUCUUUGGAAUUCAGAAGUAUGCAAUAUUAAACAAAAACACAUUUCCUUUUACAUUAGCUGCUCUUAUAAUUGCUUCUACUGUAGAAUUUAUUUUUACACCUUUA